GGCGGGGAGACUCGGCCCCAAAAGCGGCGGCCAUUGGAGGUGGCUGCUGCAGCUGAUGUGGCCUCAUGGAUGAGCUGGUACAUGACUUAGCCUCAGCCUUGGAGCAGACAUCUGAGCAGAAUAAGCUUGGUGAGCUGUGGGAGGAGAUGGCCCUGAGCCCUCGGCAGCAGAGGCGGCAGCUUCGCAAAAGGAGAGGCCGGAAGCGCCGCUCGGACUUCACUCACCUGGCCGAGCAUACCUGCUGCUACAGUGAGGCCUCUGAGUCAAGUCUCGAUGAGGCCAUUAAGGAUUGUCGAGAAAUGGCCCCUGUUGCCAAUUUUAGUGACUCCGAUGACACGAUGGUAGCCAAACGGCACCCGGCUCUCAAUGCCAUUGUUAAGAGUAAGCAACACUCUUGGCACGAAUCUGACUCCUUUACUGAAAAUGCGCCCUGUCGACCGCUCCGGCGCCGGCGGAAAGUGAAGCGAGUGACAUCAGAGGUGGCUGCCAGCCUUCAGCAGAAGCUCAAGGUGUCAGAUUGGAGCUACGAGAGAGGCUGCAGGUUCAAGUCUGCUAAGAAGCAGCGUCUGUCCCGCUGGAAGGAGAAUACUCCCUGGACCUCAUCAGGUCAUGGGUUGUGUGAAUCAGCAGAAAAUAGGACUUUCCUAAGCAAAACAGGAAGGAAAGAAAGGAUGGAGUGUGAAGCAGAUGAACAAAAACAGGGCUCUGAUGAGAACAUGUCAGAAUGUGAAACCAGCAGUGUGUGUAGCAGCAGUGACACAGGGCUCUUUACCAAUGAUGAAGGACGGCAAGGGGAUGAUGAGCAAAGUGAUUGGUUCUAUGAGGGAGAAUGUGUCCCAGGAUUCACUGUCCCUAAUCUUCUGCCCAAGUGGACUCCUGAUCGUUGCUCUGAAGUAGAAAGAAUGGAUUCUGGACUGGAUAAACUUUCCGAUUCCACAUUCCUUUUACCUUCUCGACCAGCUCAAAGAGGAUAUCAUGCUCGCUUGAAUCGUCUGCCUGGAGCUGCAGCUCGAUGCCUCAGAAAGGGCCGAAGAAGGCUUGUUGGGAAGGAGACCAGCAUAAGUACGUUGGGUACUGAGAGGAUAGGCCACAUUAUUAGUGACCCUCGGCAGAAAGAAAAGAAUAAAGCAUUGGCUUCUGAUUUUCCUCACAUUUCUGCUUGUGCGCAUGAGUUUAAUCCCCUCUCCCCUCUCUACUCCUUGGAUGUUCUGGCUGAUGCUUCUCACCGAAGAUGUUCACCAGCGCACUGCUCUGCCAGACAGGCAAACAUACACUUGGGACCCCCAUGUUCACGUGACAUCAAGAGGAAACGGAAACCUGUGGCCACAGCAUCUCUGUCUAGCCCAAAUGCAGUUCACGUGGAUGUAGUGGAGCCAACCACACCAGCAUCGCAGGUCCAGAAAUCUCCAAACCCUGAGUGGUUGGUCAGGACCUCUGCCGCAGAGAAAGCUACUGACUCCGUUGCAGCUACGUUUUUUAAAAUGCCACCAGAAAAGAGCCCUGGAUACAGCUAGAGGGCAGGAGCCCACCCACCGGGAGCCGCUGGGUGUCAUGCAACGCAUCCUAGACGUGGUGUCGCAGAGCCUUGCAUAUCGCAGUUGACAUUCCCAGUCCUUUUACCGCCAGGAUGACCCCUCUUCAGACAAAG